CAGCCUGUAAAAAUAGAUCUCAGGUUUCGCAUCAAAUGUAUUUGUCCAGUCAAUCUCAAAGGUCUUUCUUGUUGUAGGUGUGUUCCCUUUCGAGGAACUCGGACUGCGUCCGCUACUGUCACUGACACCUGUCACUAUGUCCCCUAAGCUUGAGAGAAUUGGUACUUCGUGCUCACCUCUAUGAUGGCAUGUACUCCCCUCAGCAUGACAGCAUGGCGUUUAUUAAAGAGGAGAGUGAAGAUUUGAAGAUUGAAGAAGCAUUAAGAGUCAAACAGGAAGAUGCUGAGGAACAAACAGAGCUGAUGCCACUGAAAGCGGAAAGUCAAGAUUUGAAUGAAACUGAAAGAAAAGAUCAUGAAUUCAUUUUUGUAGAAAAAUCAUUUAGUUGCUCACAGACUGAAACGACUUCACAAAAAGGAGCAAAUGGAAGUUAUUUCAUCUGCCAACACUGUGGAAAAAGUUUUAAAGGAAAAGGAAACCUUAACAAGCACAAGCUAAUUCACACUGGAGAGAAGCCUUUCACCUGCCCUCAGUGUGGAAAAAGUUUUACUCAAAAAGCAAUCCUUGGCAGACACAUCAGAAUUCACACCGGGGAGAAGCCUUACACAUGCAUACUGUGUGGAAAGAGUUUUGUUCAAAAAGGAAUCCUCAAAUCUCACAUGAAAAUUCACACUGGAGAUAAGCCUUUCACCUGCAAACUGUGUGGAAGCAGAUUUGUUCACAAAGCGAAUCUGAGGAACCACAUGAGAAUUCACACUGGAGAACAGCCCUACACCUGCACUCAGUGUGGACAGAGUUUCACUCAAAAAGGAAACCUUACACAACACAUGAGGAUUCACACUGGAGAGAAGCCUUACACCUGCCAACAGUGUGGACGGGGUUUCACUCAUAAGGGAAACCUUAAAAAACACAUGAACAGUCACACUGGAGAGAAGACGUUCACAUGCGGUCAGUGUGGAAAGAGUUUCAGACACAAAGACACCCUUAAUUCCCACAUGAAGAUUCACCUUUAAUUGUGACCAGUGGAAUAAACGAUUCUUUGCCUCCACAUCCAUCAGUUUGUCCCAAGUUUUAUUUCCCACCUUCCUGACCACUUCUUUCACACCAUCUUCUUUUCCUCAAGUUUUAUACAUAAAAUGUAUAUGUUGUAAAUCCAGACUUGAAUAUGGGUAUUGUUGGUGCUCAUGUUUCUAGCUCAUCAAUUACUCUUAAGCACACAUCUCAACUCAUAUCAACUUUUUUGGGAACACUUACAGCAAAUCAUAACAAACUAACACCAAUUAAAGUUAAAUUAAAAAAUUUAAAUUAAAGCAGAGGGACAGAUUAGACACGCGCGUGUUUAUCCGGUGAAGAGUGAAUGAUGAAGGAAUGCUGCCAUCAAAGUCUUUCAGUGAGUACACUACAGACAUCAAUAAAACUUCUUAAGUUCUAGUUUAUCUGAAUUGUUGUGAUUUCAAACAGAGCUUUUCUGAUUCUUGAUUUCUGUGCCUUUGCUGCAAAUCUGGUGGAGCAGGACGUGCAAGGAAAGGUGACGGCAGCAUUUGUGGGGAAAAAAAAGGAAAACCUGAUAAAAAAAAAAUAUAUAAAAGAUAAUUUUGUUACUUCUAAUACAGAGAUCAAAUGAUACUGCGCUAUUAACAUGACAGCUUUUGAAUCAUAUUUGUACAUCUUUGUAUGAUCUGAAAUGUCUGUAGACUGGUGUGAGAACUGAGAAAGGAGAAAUCCACAGCAGCAUCCUGAAAAUGGUCUGGUGCCAUGGAUGAGACCCUCCACCUGCCCUUGUUCCCUCAUCUGGACCAGAUGUUGCUGUGGCCUCUUCAUCAUCAGUGAGCUCAGGGCCAGCAAAAGCAAUUAGAAAAAGACCAAAAGACACUGAGGAUGUGAUUUUGGUCAAGUUUGUUCUGCUGAGCUCCACUGACUGAUGUUGUAUGAACAGAAACAAGCAGGUCAAACUUGACCAAAAAUCACCUUUCAGAGGAAAAAAAAAAAAAAAACAGACAUAAAGAUUGGACAGUGUGGAGGCGAGUAAAUAAUAACUGAACUUAUGUUUGGAUGAACUAACGCUUUAAAGGGAUCAUCAGUCGCAAAGUUCACUUUUAUGUUGUUUGAACAUUAAUGUGUUUUGGCAGUGUACACAGCAAAAAGCCCAGUGAAUUUAUUUGAC